AUGACAAAACAACGACGUUCAUUUUUUGUCGAUGAUAUCUUACAUAUGGUAAUGCCAAUGAAUAAAACUAUUCAUUGUUCAAAUGACAAUAAUGAUUUAAAACGUAAACAAUCAAUAAAUUCAGAGGAUGAUAAUAGAGAUGAACAUGAACAAAAAUCAAAUAAAAAAUUUCGAUUUCAUAAAUAUGAAAAAAAUAAUAAUGAUGAUCAUGAUAAAAAGGAAGAUGACAAUGACGAAUCAAAUUAUUCUCAAACAGUCGAUACGACGAGAGAUGGUAAAACGGCUGAAGAAGAAUCUUGUUUAAGUGACAAUAGCAGCAAUAUUGAUAACAACAGUGAUGAUGAAUUAUGUGCAUCAAGUUCUUGUUUGACAGCAAUUAAUUUACGACAAAAUAAAAAACAACGUAAACCACGUACAGCUUUUACUGAUGCUCAAUUAAAUACAUUAGAAAAAAGUUUUGAACGACAAAAAUAUUUAAGUGUACAAGAGCGUUUAGAACUUGCUAAUCGUCUUCGUUUAUCUGAUACACAGGUAAAAACAUGGUAUCAAAAUCGAAGAACAAAAUGGAAACGACAAGCAUGUCUUGGUCUUGAAUUAUUUACUGGUAAUACACUACAACGAUGGAUAGAACGACAACCACAUUUAUUUGCUGCUGCUGCUGCUGCCUAUCGAUCUUCAUCAGAUGCGACGAAUGCUAUCGGUCAAUUUGGUCAAUCUUUUUUAAAUGACAGCAAAUUAACAAUAGCUACCAAUUCUAAUGCUCAUAGGUUUUCUCCUACGAGUCUAAAUUUACAUCGUCAAGAAUAA